AUGGACGACUCUCAAGAGCCUCUGAUUUCCGGAGAGCAACACGAAGAUGACGUCGCUCGAGGCAGCGACGCCUCACCACGCAAAGGGCCUGACCAGACCGGCCUAGGUCCCUUUGUCCUCCUGCUCACCUUGUCCGCCGGCAUCAGUGGUCUGCUAUUUGGCUACGACACUGGCGUCAUCUCCGCGACCCUCGUCUCCAUCGGCACCGCGCUGUCCGGUCGAGAGCUCACCUCCCUCGACAAGUCGAUCAUCACAUCCGCGACCUCCCUGUUCGCGCUCCUCUUCUCGCCGCUGUCCUCCGUCCUCGCCGACCGGCUCGGCCGGCGGCGCGUGAUCCUCCUCGCGGACGCGCUCUUUGUCGCCGGCGCCGCGCUGCAGGCGGUCAGCUCGAGCGUCACCCUCAUGGUGGCCGGGCGGUGCGUCAUUGGGGCGGGCGUCGGCGCCGCGAGCCUCGUGGUGCCGCUGUACAUUGCCGAGGUCGCGCCGGCGCGGUACCGCGGGCGGCUGGUGACGGCCAACGUGAUGCUGAUCACGGCCGGGCAGGCGCUCGCGUACGUGGUCGGCUGGCUGCUGGCCACGAGGGCGCCGCCGGAGACGGGCUGGCGCUGGAUGGUCGGGCUCGGCGCGGCGCCGGCGGCGGUGCAGGCGGUGCUGGUCGCGCUGAUGCCGGAGACGCCGCGCUGGCUGGUCAAGGCGGGACGGUCGGCGACCGCGAGGAGGGUCGUAGCGAGGACGCAGGCGGCUGGGGAGGAGGAGGACAGCGCGGAUGUGGAUGGCAUUAUCAAGAGCAUCGAGGUGGAGCUUCGCGCGGAGAGAGAAGCACGAGCGCUUCGCGGGGCACGGCACUCGCGGAUGCCGAGAUGGCUGGGUGAUUGGGCAGAGCUGCUCAGGGUCGGCCAGAAUCGACGCGCGCUGGCCAUUGCUUGUCUGCUACAAGGUCUACAGCAGCUCAGCGGGUUCAACUCGCUUAUGUACUUUUCUGCGACGAUAUUUACAAUGGUCGGAUUUCGCAGCCCUACGCUCGCUGCUCUCAGCGUGGCCAUGACCAACCUUAUAUUCACUGGCGUCGCGCUGGUCCUCAUUGACCGCGUCGGGCGACGCCGAAUCCUCUUGUACUCGAUCCCGUUGAUGGUGUGCGGCCUCUUGCUAGCAUCUCUCGGCUUCUCCCAUCUCUCCCUCGACGCGAGCCCGCGCGUCUCGUCGUCGUCGUCGUCAUUGCCGUCAUCGUCGCGCGAUAACGUGCCACCCGUAGAGGAAAAUACCAGCGCUGCCAGCACCAUUCUGUUCAGCAUUAUGCUGUACGUGGCGUCGUACGCCGUUGGCCUCGGGAACGUGCCGUGGAUGCAGAGCGAGCUGUUUCCCACGGCUGUGCGCUCAGCCGGCAGCGGCGUCGCGACGGCGACCAACUGGUCGGCUAACUUUGUAGUCGGACUAACGUUCCUGCCGCUCAUGGAACGCCUGACGCCGCCGUGGACGUUUGCGCUGUACGCGGGCGUGUGCGCGGCGGGCGAGGCGCUGAUCUGGCUGAUUUAUCCGGAGACGGCUGGGCUGAGCCUGGAAGAGUCGACGUCCCUACUGGAGCAUGGCUGGGGUGUACGAUAG